ACCAGUUUUCAGCCAGUUUCGGGUUCUCAUAACCGGAUCAUGCGUCUCCCUGUCUCGGUGCUGCUCUUGCUGCUCCAGCUCUGCGGAGCGGACGCCUCGUCCGUGACUGCAGGCGCGCCCGAGCACCUGGUGACCACAGGCGGCGAAUGCGUGCGCUUAUUCCACUCUGGGGGAAGCAUUGGGUGCCGCAGUCUCACGAGAUCCGACAUGGCGCCUUUGUACCCGAUCACAAGUUCCGACGAGCUCCAGAGCUUCGUAUCAGGCUCAGCUGACCAGCAGGAAGCUGACUCGAAGUAUGUGCUGGUGAUGACCGAGUCGCUUUUGAGCUACGACGCCAUCGAGGCCGGAGUUGACCGCAUUGGAGGCAUCUUCGUCUACCCAGAGUCGACGAAUGGCUCGUUCGAUGUCCCAACGCCGCAGGGAGACGGCACCGUGGACGCAGCCUUGAACCCUUUCGCUAGUGAUAAGACCAGGUGGAACCCGACCGGUAACGGACUGCUGGUUGAGAGGCUGCCCUUCCCUGUUGUGAUGCUGCAGAACGCCACGACGGGGGCUGAGUUCACGAAACGUGCACAGAUCAACCUAAAGGACUCCGCUGGAGCGACGUAUAAGGCCUUUAUGAACUACUAUUUCGGACCGGAAGAGAUGAACUCAUUGAAAUGCUUGAGCUUCACCAACAUUUACGGAAACCGCAGUCCAAAGUGCGACCCCAUCGGAGGCCAGAGUUCAUGGGCUAUGCGAGGGAAUUUAAAGUCGGGUGAGAUCGUUAUGGCCAUGGCUGGCAUGGAUGCGAAUUCACUGUCCCAUGUACUGGCACCCGGAGCCAACACUGGUGCGUCGGGACUUGUGGCUCUACUAGCAGCGGCUCAUGCCCUCAAAGGUUUACCAGACUCGGCGUUCGAUAAAAAGGUGGUGUUUGCAGCCUUCCAAGCUGAGAAAUUCGGGUUUGUCGGAUCGAGAAAGUUCCUCUCGGACUUGCAGAAGUUCACGAAAGACCCCGAGGGAGCUUGUGCGUUCCCCGUGGAUGAUUCGUCGUCCCCUAUGGGCCCAAGUUUCUGCACUAACCCGAUGCUCACUAGCACGGAGUUCGCCAACUUGAAGCUCGCGAACAUCUCGUACGCUAUCGCAGUGGAUCAGGUGGGUAUUCUGCCGAAAUCUGGCAACUUUACGCUGCAUGUGAACCCUCACGCGAACGACUCUAGUGACCUAGUGGACGCUAUUCUGAACGCUCCGUCAGGAGCCUCUGUGGCUGAAGGUAGCACUGGUUCGCUCCCUCCUACACCGUUAACAUCGUUCGUAAACGAUGCAGAGUAUGGUCAACGUGAUCUUGUAAGCGCAGUGCUGGCUGGAUACGACGAGAGUUACACUUCUGAGAGGACAUACAACAGCCGUCAUGACGAGUUUUCUCUCCUUGAUGUCGACGCUGUUGUACAAGCUGCUCAGGUAUUGGCUGAGAGUAUUUUCACACUUGCUUCGAGCAAUGCUACGACUGCACAGAUGGACAAGAUCGAGGUGGAUACGUGGUUGGUUGAGUCCAUGCUGUCGUGUAUUACUACCGACUGGAACUGUGGUCUCAUGAAGAAAUACUCCCAGUUCAUGGUCACGACGUUGAUUGAGUAUCUGAGUCUGACCGACUCGGCCAGUCCGUCGUACUCUGAGCCAGCUACAGUGUACCCGGGUACACUGAACCGUGAUCGCUCCAUGAUGGUGCUGAAGAAGAGUGAUGCCUCGUACUACUCGCUGUUCAAUGAGUCUUGGUCGGAUGAGGACUAUGCUGUGCGGCUUUUCCCGAAUGCCUACGAGGUCUUCACACGCGCCUUCCUGGCGUCUGCUAUGGUUCCUAACGCUACAGCUGACGGCGCUCCUUCGUGCUCACAAAGUCAAGGAUGCAGUGACGGUGGGAAGGGCAUGGAGUGUGUCUAUCCUGGUGUCUGCGUGAAGAAGAGUGCGUUCCAUCACGAAGCCAGCUCACCGGGGAUUAAGCGUACGGAUACACCACUACAAUACGAUGUUGUGAACUCGUCGCAUCCCAUCUGGACAGAGCCGCAGUGGGCUAAUGACAUCGGCAGCUACUCGUUCCCGGACCCUGGCGCGUGGAUCGGCUGGAUUACGCUCGCUAUCGGCGUUGUGGUGACUGGACUUGGCGUCGGAGCGUCGUUCAUGGUACUCAGGAGCGUACAGAAGAUGAAGCUGAUGUAAGCUUACACAUGUGCUGUUUCGGUAGAUUCCAACAUUCAUAAAAAAAAAUAAAAAAAAUUGGAAAAAGCAUAUAGA